GAUAGAGUCAAGAUCCCUUCAAGUUUUGGCAGGUAAUAAGUAGGUAUUUGUAAGGAAAUCCAUUUAGAAGGUUCUUUGUGGUCGGUACCAGAUCGCCUUGCCCAUCUCUCUAUGAUAGGGAGACGUUUUAACUUCUCUAGGAUGAGAGAUAGCGUUAGGCGCAGGUUUGCGCGCCCACUGGCUUGAGAUGUUCGUCAAUUUUGAGUAUAUUGGAAAGACUUGAUAUUGGUUUUCUUUCUCAUCGAGGAAAAAUAUGAGCCAUGUAGUUUGGUAAUGAAUUAGCGCGUUCGCAUACCCUUUCCCUCUGAUCCCAACUUGGGACCUUUAACCUUGCUACCUGUGCCUUUGGUAGUGACCCUAGCCUUUGGCGGCGCCCUGCGACUAGUGCAGCUACACUGUCGGUCUGAGAAGCCCUUUUUAUUUAUUUAUUGUAGUUUUCUCUUAGUGUAGAAAAAAAGAAAACUAAAACGUGUUUCGAUGAUUAACUUUGAACUUCUGUCAGUUUAUUUUUUAGUGCCACAUCUGUCGAAAUUUACGCAAUGCGCCUCUACUGAAAGUUUGUGGAAACAAUUCUAAGGCUGAAACACCCAUAUAGAUAGUUCAAUACUAAGGCUAAGAUCAGUUCCAAGAAGAUUCUUUUGAUGAGUUUGUCAAUAUUUUUCAAUUUAAUUCUUUCUGUUUACUUGUCAACAGACUCUCGCUGCUGGCGAGGCACUGGCUUGAUUGCUUUCAUACCACCAGAGCCCUACAAAUUCAUUCUGUGGCAGUACGCCAAGUGCUUCAGUGUUCGCUGACAUGGCUGACAAGGAUGACACUGGAUCGGACACGGAAAGCCUAUCCCAGCUGGCUGGUGUCAAACGGAAGCUGCUCCUGGAUAAGGCACCAAACGGCCAGCAUUCUGACAGCUCUCGGAUGGCAACGAGGAAUCCUGACCCUCAACUCUCCACCACCACAGAGCGUGGGUCAGAAAAUACAGGUGAACUGAAUGGCAGGAAUGCGGAUAAGAAUGGGUCAAAUGAGACUGUCAAGACUGCACAAAUGGAAGAGACUCCGGAAUCAGAGACAGAAUCGACGGGGAAAGAAAAGGAACAGAAUGGAAGCCAUAGUGUUGACGAAGAUGAGGAAGACAAUGAUGAUGAUCUUGGUCUUUUCAGUGAUGAAGAUGAUUCCCCUGUCCUAGAUUUUAUCUUGGAAUACUGUGAUCAUAACAUGAAAGACUCUAUUGGAAAGAAGCUUAAGGACCUUGGAGUUCAAACGCUCUCAGAUUUGGAACACAUAGAUUUGAAAGAGUCGUUCAGUGAUUUGCUUAAGCCUGUUCAAAUUGGCAAACUGAAAAAAGGGUUUGAGCAAAUUGGUAAAGAUCUCAACAGUAAACAUGUCACUGGCCUGGAAAUUUUUGAUGUGAAUAAAAUCUUUACCCACAACCAGCGUAACCUACUGAGAGAUGCUGAGAAGAGAUUGACACACGGUCAAAUUAUCGACAUAACAAAGGCAGUUGGAGAUCAUCUCUAUGCCAACGUAAGUUCAGUAUCCAACAAAUUGUGCAGCCGCAUUGGUAAACUCAUGUUGGAUAGGUUUGGCACUGCACUGAAAGGCACAGGACUGACAGAGGGAUUAGAUUCAAUAUCACUAUCUGAGCAAAUACGGAACAGAGUUCGCUACUGCCAGAAGCUCAAGAAAAAGAAUUCCAAAUCCAAAACGUUGCCGCCACUCCAGCUACAUCCAUUUUCAAAGAGACAAUGUCAUGGGCUUGCAUCAGAAAGAGAUCUACCCACUGAUUUCCCUGAUGGGGAAACAAAAGAAUCUCAAGAAAACAAAAGGCUCCAGAUGGUCAAAAUGUUUGAGACAUGUGAAGUCAACAAGAAGUUACUAAGGACUUUAAUGGACCAAACUUAUGUGGCACAAAGGCUCACCAUCAAUGCAUUGAAUAACAUGCAACGUAUUCUUAAGGAUUGGCCAUUCAUUGGAAAGUAUAGAUUUCUUCGGGAUCACUUCUAUUUUCUUAUGGACUUGGACAUGGAUCAAGUGGGAAACAAUAUGAAUGAGCUUUUCCCCAAAUUGAUAAAAUUCUUAACAGCUGAAGGAAACAAAGUAAAGAAAGACAAUGCAGGAGAAAUUUCUAAAAAGAUCAGAAAGCUAGUCAGAAAGUAUGAAGCUUCUGAACCAUGUGAGGACUUGCAGUUUGUAACUAUAUUUCUUGGACUGGCUGCAAAGUUGGAUAUUAAAGUGUCCUCUAUGAUAUUGCACUUCCCUGAAACAGCCAGUUUUGAUGAAGUGGAGGCUUCAAAAUCUCUACCAAAGAGUGGAAAACCCACUAUUGCUGUCUUAGGUGAUGAUCUAUUUGCUUUGCCAAAGUGCUUUGUUUUAGUUGACAAUCGGAUAAUAUCUCCUGAAACUUUGCAACCCAUGAAUGCAAUCAAAUCUGCUUUCAUGGCCUAUUUUGUUUUCAAAAUAACCUACCCGAAAGGUCUCCAGCCUCUUCUGAAUUUCUUUGAAAGGGAUGUGUUUUUGAUUAAGGCCACCGAUACCUCCUGUGGCAGAGUUGAAAGGCGGAAGAGAACUGAUGGUUCUUGGGAAUGUACACCCAAGGCGUUAGCUCCAAAAUAUGUUACUCUAAUGCAACAAGUACAAGACUAUCUUGACCGAUGGGAGGAUUAAUGUGCCUAGUCAUUUGUUCUGAUUUCUAUUAACUAUGUUCAGCCCUUUUGUAAUUCUCUUUCUUCAUUAAUUUUUAUGUUGUGCUUGGUCUGUUGAUCAAGUAAUUUACUUGAUUUGUUCUAGUAGUUGAUUUUACUGUAUUAAUUUAAAGGGAUUGUUCCAUUCAUGUAUGGAAAUCGAUUUAUGUAUGUGAUGCGGCUGUGUCUCUUGAUGUGAUUGAUACAUUUAAAGUAGGUCUUACUCUUAGUAGUUUUAGGCAUUGUUCUAAGGUCCUUUCUUAAUUGAAACUUUAACAUAAUGGGUCUUUAUAAUUAACUUUCUUGAUGAUUUUUGUUAGCAAGUGCUUGGUCCGUUAUCCACUAAUUUACUUUAUUUGUUCUAGUGGUUGAUUUUACUGUAACUAUAUUUAUUCCAUAUUUAAACUUGUCAUAAGGAAAUUCAUGUGUGUGUUUCCACUGUAGUGCCUUGAUGUGACUGAUACUUUUAAAGUAGGUUUUACUUUUAGUAGUGUGUUCUGAUGUCCUUUCUUAACUGAGAUUUUAACAUUACUGGUUUGAGUUCCAUGCAUUUGAGUAUGCCAGUAACUAAAUAUUUAUUUAUUCUGUUAUACUGUUUAAACUGAUUAAUGUUUUUUAAAUUAAUUAUACUAACGUUUCCCUGCUGCAUGUUGGAGCUGUCUUGUUAUCCUUUACCCUGACAGGCACUGUCAAUUGUGGUUCUUGAACUUCAAGACUCCAGCGCCCGCUAGUUAGGCAACCCAUCCGGCUCAUCGAAUGUUCUUCAGGGCUGGGCGGCCACUAGAGAACCUCAGAGGCUCUCUUGUGGCCACCCUGUAUGGGCGGGGGCCGGGCACUUCCGCUCCCCCCAAACUUCCCUCUCUGGAGCCGGAGUCGG